ACACGCCCUGUGAUUAUCGUUGGAUGGUGUAAGGACAAGUUGAACGAUCAGUUGGUAGAAAGGUGGCCUACAUUGUUUGAGACGUGUGUGCCGCACACAACAAGACCUAUGCGAGCAGGUGAGUUGAGUGGGCGAGAAUAUUUCUUCGUUCUAAGCAAGGAACAGAUGGAACAGGACAUCCAAGACGGGAUGUUUAUGGAGGUGGGCACCUACAAUGAACACUACUACGGGGUCAGUUAUAGGGCUGUCCAUGAGGUCGCCAAACAGCACAAACACUGUCUUUUAGAUGUUUCCUUGGAUUGUGUACCUCAACUAUCUAACAUGAGUCUUCAUCCAAUAGUCUUGUUCGUCAGACCA